AUGGCGAACGGUUCCGAGAGCGCGCGCGCGCUCGCUCGCUCGCCCGUAUUAUUAUUGUACAUAGGAAGCGCAUUAUUCGCCGGAAGGUGGAUCUUAACGCCGUCGGGGAGGUACUAACGGCCGCGCCGUAUAUGGUCAAGUUUGCCUAAUUUGGCUCGGGCAACUCUUCUAAAUACGGCAAGAUCGGGGCGGGGGAGACCGCGGUGGCCCGGGAGAGGGGGCUACGACGACUACACACAAGCACCGCAUAAUAAUCAUAAUAAUAAUAAUAAUCAUAAUAAUAAUAAUCAUAAUAAUAAUAAUAAUAAUAAUAAUAAUAAUAUGAUAGUGCGAACGGCGGUCCGCCGACGACGACGACGGCGACGGCGUUACCACAACCGUACGACCGACCGACCGACGACGACCGCUACUGCCACACCGCGCCCGCCCGAAGUCGCUACGCCGUACCAGCCGAGGCUACUGCCACUUGGACCGCGGUCCGGACUCUACAGCAAGCAGCGGCGGCCGCGUUACCAGUGACCGAGUCUCUCUCCGGCGUCCGACCAUUCCGUCGUCUGCACAUGGACGUGUCGCACGCGUUUUCGUUCCGUGCUGCUGCUGCUGCUCGCGCGCCGUGCCGAUGA